AUUUUUGUAGUUUAACCUAUAAAAUAUAUAUCAUCUUAAAAUUUCCCGAGCGACUCUCAUCUUUCUUCUUUCUUUUGAUCCCUCUCCUCCACCACCACCAGUCCCUGACCCGAGCCUUCUCUUGCCUUCAAGUUUCGUACAGACGAUAUCGGGAAAUUGUAUAAGGUAGAACAAUGCCGAAGGUGAAAACAAACCGUGUAAAAUAUCCGGAAGGAUGGGAAUUGAUUGAGCCUACCCUCCGUGAACUACAAGCAAAGAUGAGAGAAGCUGAGAAUGAUCCUCACGAUGGUAAGCGAAAAUGUGAGACGUUGUGGCCUAUUUUCAAAAUUGCACAUCAGAAGAGCCGCUACAUUUUUGACCUAUACCAUCGGAGGAAGGAAAUAUCAAAGGAAUUGUAUGAGUUCUGCUUGGACCAAGGCUAUGCUGACCGCAACCUUAUUGCUAAAUGGAAGAAGCCGGGUUACGAGCGUUUGUGCUGCUUGAGAUGUAUGCAGCCACGGGAUCACAACUUUGCUACAACUUGUGUCUGCCGAGUGCCCAAGCACUUAAGGGAGGAAAAGGUUAUUGAAUGUGUCCAUUGUGGAUGCAAGGGCUGUGCAAGCGGAGAUUAGAUUCACCUUGUUCUUUUUCCCUAGUUUUCUAAGUCAAUGAGAGAAGUUUAAACUGUAGUUGCUGCCACACUGCUCAUUAAUUUCUGUAAUUUUAUUUGCACUGCUGUAGUUUCUGAAUCUGAAUCCUUGCGAUGAUGCUAUGUCUUGGAGAUCCUGUGUCACAACUUUGCUGAAAGAGCUAUCUGAUUUAAUUGUUAUCAUAUUGUAUUACUUUGGUGACAGUGAUUCAUGUUUAAAACUCGAGUGUGUUAGAAAUA